AUGCCUCAAGGAUACGGAAGCUCCUCCUACUAUGCUAGCAACCGCCAGUCGCCGGCUCUUAUCCGCGCUCGACGACCAUAUCUGUUCAAGAACGCUGUGUUGGGCACGGGAAUCGCGAUGUUCGCCAUUGGAAUAUAUGCCUACACCAUCAGAGCCAUUGGCCAAGACGAGUUUGAGGAUGUCAAGGUCCCCGAUGCACCGCAGCAGCCAGCCAAAAAAUGA